AUGAUUUCCUGUUGCACCCCAUCACCUCCAUCCUGGGUACCUUCGGCAGCCUCUCCACUGGCCUCCCUGCCUCCAGGCUGCUGCUUUGCAAACCUUGCCCAUGUCGUGCUGUGUGUGGCCAGUGGCCUGGAUGAAGGUGACAUCUACAAGUCACUCCCCUGGAUGGCCCGUGUGGUGGCGUCCCACUGCUCUCAGGGGAGAGUCUGGUCCCCGGGCCUGCACUUCAGGGCACUGCUUGCUCUACCCCUGCUCACCUCUAGGGCCUUUGCCCUGCACCCCCCGGGCUCUCUGUAUGCAGUGGCAAAACGCCUGCCAUUUCCUGCACGGGCUGAGGGUCUUCCCUGCUUCCAGGAGCAGCUUUCCCUGAUUCCUAAUGACCACCUGGAGUCAGGACAUGUCCACAGUGCCACAGCACAUACCCGCAAACCUCUCCCCACCACCCCCCAUUCCUGUAGUGCCAUGAGCAGUAUGGUCAUUGUCUUUACAUGGCCUUAG